UCUCACAGGUGUUGGUCGUUUAUCGGACACUCAUCGUCUCCUGGAGCACAGACUCUUUCCAUCGGAAAAGACUGUGGAAGAAAAGGCAUUGUUGAGCACCAGUUUCUCCAUGCACUGGGAUUCUCCCAUGAGCACACGAGAUAUGACAGAGAUGAUUAUGUGACAAUCAACUAUCAAAACAUCACCAAAGGGUUUGAGGGAUAUUUCAAUAAAUCCAGUGAGAACGUGUCCGUCACCCCGUAUGAUUAUUACUCUGUCAUGCAUUUUGAUAAAAACGCCUUCAGCAGCGGUAGUGGAUCCACGAUCACCACCAAACAAUCUGAGUUUCAGGAAGUGAUCGGACAACUGAUGGAAAUGAGUGAAUCUAAUGUGAUUGAGCUCAACAAACUCUAUAAGUGCAAUUCUCCCAAGUAUUUCUGGGACAAUCCUCUUUUAUCACUGCAGUAA